AUGCUCAAAAAAGCUUUGUUGAUCCUAUUGGGAGUAUCAAUUUCCAAAGCUAUUAGAUUCAUCUCUCAUUUGUGUAAUGGUAACCAACCUGUUGCUGUUGAUGAUAGUUCUGAAGAUGAUGUAAUUUUAACUCAAACGGUUUCCCCUCCUGGUAACAAAUAUGAUGUGUUGCUUAGCUUUAGAGGAGAAGACACUCGCCACACUUUUGCAAGUUAUCUUUACAAAGGACUUCGAAACGCAAGCAUUCACACUUUUAUGGAUCACGAACUCUGCAAAGGAGAAUCGAUCUCACCAGUUCUUCUAAGAACAAUAGAGGAAUCAGAAAUAUCUGUGAUUAUCUUCUCUGAGGAUUAUACUUCUUCAACUUGGUCUUUGGACGAGCUUGUUCACAUAUUAGAAUGCAUGCAUAAAUUUGGAAGGGUUGUGAUACCUAUUUUCUAUAACGUAGAUCCUUCAAACAUAUGCAAACAAAAUGGGAAUUUUGGAAAAGGAUUUGAUGUAUUGAAGCAAAGAUUUAAAGAUGACCAUGAAAAAUUGCAAAGGUGGAGAAAUGCUUUAAUCCAAUCUACAAGUCUCUCUGGAUGGGAUUCCAAUGUUAUCAGACCUAAAUUCAAACUUGUUGAAGAGAUUGUCAAGGACAUUUUGAGCAAGUUGAACUAUGAGUCAUCCUCUCAUCUUGAAGGACUUGUUGGCAUUGCUCGUCAUAUUGAAAACAUUGAAAAGCUUCAAAUUGAGGCUCGCAUUGUGGGAAUAUGGGGUAUGGGUGGUACUGGUAAGACCACACUUGCUAAAGCUAUAUUUUAAGAGUUGAAAGCUCAAUUUGACACUUUCUCCUUUAUGGAAAAUGUUAAAGAGUAAUU